UGUAGUGACAAUGUCAAAAUUAAUCAUGGUAAUGGUGUUGAUGGUGAUGCGAUAAAUGAUAAUAUCAAAGUGGAUAAUGAUGAUGAUGAUAAUGUGAUAAAUGAUAGUAAUAAAACUGGUGAUGAUAAUUAUGAUGAUGAUAAUAAUGAUGGUAAUGUUGAUGAUGAUGAUAAUGUUAUGGAUGACAGUAUCAAAAUUGAUGAUAAUGAUGAUAAUGUUGAUGAUGAUGAUGAUGGUAAUGUGAUGAAUGAUAGUAUCAAAAUUGAUGAUAAUGAUUGCUAUAGCGGUGCAGCUAAAAGG